AUUCGAGUCCUAGCUUUCAAGUGUCCUUCUUUUGCAGCUUCAUCUUUUGGUUCUUGGAUAUUUUGCUCAAUUUCAACACGGCGGUGUACGUGAGAGGGAGUCUAAUGUACUCCCGUGCCACCAUCGCGUGUCAAUACUUGAAGACGUGGCUGAUCUUCGAUCUUCUACUCAUUUCCCUUGAUUGCCUGACAACAUUGUCAUCUUCAGUCCGCGAGCUAUCUGCACUUCGGGUAGCUCGACUGGUUCGAGGUCUUCGCCUCGUCCGCUUAUUGAAAAUGUCCAGGCUGCACGAUAUGAUCCAGGAAGUUGCGGCAUCAUCGGGACGGCAGUGGAUUAUGUUGGUCAUUGCAAUUGCUAACACCGCUUGCAGGAUCCUGAUGGUAGCCCACAUUCUUGCCUGCAUCUGGAUUUGGAUCGGGCGGUGGGUUUCAGAUUCCCAGAAUGUCAGCUGGAUUGAUCUUUCCGAAGCCACCGGUCUCAGCAUCUAUGUGCAGUGGCUGCAUUCACUGCGAUAUGUGAUCAACUCGCCCUCUCCACCUGCUAUUGCACCAAACAGUGCCACAGAGCGGGUGUUUGAUAUUCUCGCCUAUGUGUUUUCUCUAUUGGUGAUUGGUUCUGCAAUCUCUGCAAUUGCUGGAACUCUCAACGACCUGCGAGCCAUGAAUGAAGCACGCGCGCGACAGCGCAGAGAAGUGAGGCUGUACCUAACAAGCCAAAAUGCAAGAUAUGAGCUUGUAGGACGAGUGAUGAAGUUUGUCGACUAUAAGCUUGAGAAGAUGACCUCUUUCAACUUUGACCAGUCGCUCAUCUCGUCCACGCUCUACACAGAGCUAUUUGUCGGCCAGCGAGGGAAGUUUCUUUCUAAGCUCCCCAUCUUCGCGCUGACCCUCGAAACUUUCUCUGACGUUUUUGCGCACAUCUGCACUGCGUUGCAGAAGCACGUCUACGAGAAAGGGGAACUGGUUUUUGCUGCAGGUGCUUGGGCGGGCUCCCUACAUAUGACUACAGCUGGUGUUUAUGUAUUGUCUGAUGUAUCCCGGGCAGAGAAGGAGGACAGGGUUCUGAAGGGCGAUGAGGUACACUGGUUUGCCGAGCUCGCUUUAUAUGCAGACUCUGCAAUUCAUGUUUCUACCUUGAGGGCCAAGAACAUAGCGGAGAUGUUUACGCUGACCGGAGUAACUUUGGUCUCGGCCGUGCGGGAGUCUCCGGCCUGUUCUGCCAUGUUUUGUGAGUACGCGCGAGACUUCGUGGGGAAGCAGCGCGGAAUUAGCGACGAGCAUGAUGACCAGAUUCGGUAUGCGCAUGCUUGUUGCCAGCAGAACCAGUAUUAUCAGGAGCUGCAUCCUGAUCAGAGAAAGCAGUUCAGCAACAUUGACAUUUUGAAGGCCAGGCUGCCAGUAGAGCUUGACUUGAACCACUCAUUCGGGCACAAAAUGCCUGAAGACGCAGAAGUAAGCCGCGGCAAGUCAGAAUCCUCCGACCUCGAGGUCGUCAAGAGCCUCAUGGAAGACCUGGCAAGUGGUUCUAUCUCAAGCAUGACCGCGUUGUCACAGCAGCUGCAGCAACUUCUGCCAGAACUUCAUCCCUUCUACGGGACGUAUAGCGUUUUUGAGGAGGGCCUUGAUAGAGCCCGUGCAGAAUCAGCUUGCAUUAGCAUGCUGGCGCUUUUGGCAAAUAGAUAUGACAUCUACACGAAUGCGCAGUCAAGCGGCAAGCUGCUUCAUUUGCAGUGGGAACAGCUCCAGGAGAUUGUGUCGUGGGCAGAGCCUACCGAGAGGCAUGCGCACGCAGUCUUAGUGCUGUUAGCAAUUCGGGGUCUCGGGAAGUCCAAGGCCUUGCUGAGCCAGGUCCCCGAACAGGACCAGCAACCCGAGAAAGCCGUGCUCUACCUUAUGAAGGAGCAGCGCCACAUAGUGCCCUCAGUCUCAAAGCUUGAUGAGAGUGGGCUCGCCCUAUUACAGGAGACAUUGCUACAUCAUGAAGCUUUCAAGUUGGCACAGAUGCUCCAGGGUGAGAAUGUCCCAGCAAGCAUCGCCGAUUUGCAGGAGCGAUUCUCGCGCGACAGUAGGGAGGCCUUCCAGUUCUACAUCUUCUUCCUGCUGGGCUUCAUGAGUGGUAUUGCAGGGGGCUUAGGGUCAAAGUUCAUGACAGCAAGGAACGCAGAUGCUGUCAUCAACGGCAUUUGCAUGCUGCAGCGCCUCCUAGACGCGAAGCCACUGGGGAUUUACUGGGGGUACCUCAACGCCCGAGCUGAAUCAUUAGGCUGGCCUUGUGCAAGUGCAGAGGAUUUUGCUUUGGUGCGUCUGGCUUGCCUCAGUCGAUUGCAGGAUCGAGACGGGUAUGUGGCUUUACGUCAAGCCUGGUGCACGUGCGGCCAGCAGGAGAGGGCCAGAUUGUUGGAGCACUUCCUAGCAGACGGAAUUACUGAACGGGCUCUUGUGUUGGAGUUCCUGCCGGAUUGCAUCUCUGGAGCGAAGAACAACAAGUUGGUUGGCUUGGCCGUCUUUUUGCAUGUUUUGGUUGAUUUGCUCGCCAACCUCAGCGUCGCCUUAAACUCUGCGCCAGCCAUGGGCGGCAAGAAACUUAUCCGGGUCGACUUGUCAGACAUGAGUGCCUUCACCGUUGCAGUCCAGAACGGCUUUGUUUUUCGGACGUGCAUAUCUCGCUGCAACUUCUAUGUGGGUGACGACAAAGUGCAAGUUCAAAUGACAAGCGAGAACUGGAGUCGAACGCAGGACUCAGAAACCGACAUCACGAAUUUGUCGCACAGCAUGCGAGAGGUUCUUCUUCAGCAACAGGCUGUUAUGGGGCAUUUCUCUAUCGAGCAAGCACAGCCCUGGUUCCUGUCUAGUACCAUCCCCAAGAAUGGGGUCAUGGAAGUGUCCUGCUGA